GUUUGGCCUAUGUUAGCCACCGUAGUUCCUUAUUCUAAGAUGGCGCUCCCGAUCAGGGGUAAUAUGAAAUAUCUCCUUCAAUUCAUUCAAAAGCGUCGUUCUCCAAAAAGACUAUUCCGCGUUGGACAAUGUGCGGACGGAAAGGAGCCUCCAGGUGGGCGUGUGUUCUCAGGAAUCCAGCCCACGGGUGUGCCCCACCUGGGGAACUACCUUGGGGCUCUGGAGAGCUGGGUGUCCCUGCAGAACCAGUACCCCUCAGUGCUCUACAGCAUAGUGGACCUGCACGCCAUCACCCAGCCCCAGGACCAAGCCCUGCUGCGGGUUAACAUACUGGACAUGGCUGCCAGCCUGCUGGCCUGUGGCAUCAACCCAGAGACAUCUAUCCUCUUCCAACAGUCACAGGUCUCUGAACACGCUGAACUGUCCUGGAUCCUAGGCUGUCUUACCAGUAUGCCCAGACUCAGACAUCUGCCUCAGUGGAAGAUGAAGAGUAAACAGAGGAAUGAGGGGAGUGUGGGGCUGUACACUUACCCCGUCCUGCAGGCUGCAGAUAUUCUCCUCUACAAGUCCACUCACGUCCCAGUAGGAGAAGAUCAGGUUCAACAUCUGGAGCUGGCUCAGGACCUGGCACGCAUCUUCAACAACACCUAUGGAGACUUCUUCCCUGAGCCACGUGCUCUGCUCAGCUCCACGCGGAAGGUGAAAUCCCUCCGUGACCCCUCCUCCAAGAUGUCCAAAUCAGACCCCCAGAAGAUGGCCACUGUCAACCUCACUGACUCUCCCGACGACAUCGUCCUCAAGAUCCGCCGCUCCGUCACAGACUUCACCUCUGAGGUGACAUUUGACCCUGAGGUUCGUCCGGGCGUGUCCAACCUGGUGCUGAUUCAUGCGGCAGUGGCGGGGUGCACGGUAGAGGAGGCAGUAGGGUGGGCCAAGGGGCUGGACACGGGAAAGUACAAACAGCUGGUAGCGGAUGCCGUGGUGCAGCGGCUCACACCAAUCAGGGAGGAGAUUGAGAGGCUGAGGGGGGACAGGGGGCACCUGGAGAGGCUGCUGGCCCACGGAGCCCAGAGGGCCAGGGAGCUGGCUGCACCUGUACUCAAGGAGGUCCGCCACAGAAUAGGCUUCUGCUGAGGGGAAAAGGGGGGGAUCAAAUUGCCUGUUUUCUAUGGUUUGUCAAUUAAUGAAUUUAAUUUACUUCUGAAUAAUCCCAAUCCAGAAUGUGUGUGUGUGUGUGACUGGAAGAUUGGCUAUGGUGCUUGACUAUGGGUUGUCAUUUAUGAGGCUCUGUGCCUUGUUUCAUAUUGCUGAUAAUGCUUUUUUUUUUUAAGAAUAAAUAUGUGCAGUAUG